ACAAGUUACUGCUCACAAGAAGAAGAAAGACACGUUUGUGUAGUGUGACGUCUAUAGCAGCAGAUAAAAUGUCGAUCUUUACACCUACAAAUCAGAUCCGUCUGACCAACGUGGCGGUGGUGAGGAUGAAAAAGGGGGGGAAACGGUAUGAAAUCGCGUGUUAUAAGAACAAGGUGAUGAGCUGGAGAUCUGGAGCAGAGAAAGAUCUGGAUGAAGUGCUUCAGACCCCCACAGUGUUUAUAAACGUGUCCAAGGGGCAAGUGGCCAAGAAGGAGGAUUUAUUAAAAGCCUUUGGGACAGAAGACUUAACAGAAAUCUGCAAACAGAUUCUGGCAAAAGGAGAACUUCAGGUGUCUGAUAAGGAACGACAGUCUCAGCAAGAGCAGAUGUUUCGGGACAUCGCUACGAUUGUGGCUGAGAAAUGUGUAAAUCCUGAAACCAAGCGUCCUUAUACAGUGAACCUAAUCGAAAGAGCUAUGAAGGACAUUCACUACUCAGUCAAAGCUACUAAGAGCACGAAACAACAGGCACUUGAGGUGAUCAAACAGCUGAAGGAAUCCAUCCAGAUACAGAGAGCUCAUAUGCGACUGCGCUUCAUCCUGCCAGCUAAAGAUGGGAAGAGACUGAAAGAGAAACUUAAACCGCUCUUAAAGGUGGUGGAGAGUGAAGACUUUGAUGAUCAGCUGGAGAUGGUGUGUUUGAUAGAUCCAGGCUGCUUUCGGGAAAUCGAUGAGCUGAUUCGCUGCGAGACAAAAGGCAAAGGUUCGGUGGAGGUUCUCAGCCUGAAAGAUGUAGAAGAAGGCGAUGAGAAACUGGAGUAACUGGUCUUAAAUCUGCCCCCUGACGCCACACUAACUACUUCCACCUUAUAUUAUAUCUCUCUUUUAUGUAUCAUGACUGUAUGUGUUUCAGUAUAUGAUUUGAAAUGAUUUCUAUAACCAGAGACUGGAUUUAAUGAAGCCUUAAUCAGCAUUUGCAGCACAACGUAGCUCGUGAUUUUUUUUUUGUUUUUAACGGACCGCUAAUCGUCGAUUUCUAAAUGUUUAGGCACGUCGACUGUUUGAGGUUUCAGUAAAUCGUCCUGAAGGAUUUAUCCGUAAUAAGUAAGUAGUGAGUAAUUAAUAAUCCAGCUCGAAUCACGACUAAGGGGUUUGUUUUCUGUGAAAAUUGAAAUGAUUUGUAUGACUGCGAGACCGACAACAGACAGACAGAUUUAUUUAAAUAAAUACAACAUGGAAAGCGAAGCGUAGGAAAUAUCCAUCUGAUGACAGAUGUCGUUCCUGCCCCUUCGGCAUCACCCACGCUCCGCUCGUCUGACUCCAAUGUGCAGUUUGUAAAUGUCCCUGUUAUUCGUAUCAUGUGUAAAGUUCAAAACUAGUGUAAAUAUUUACAACCUGCUCCUUUAAAAAACCCUCUCGGUGUCCCUGCGGUAUAGUCCGACUCCUCAGACGUGUGCCAUGUAUCUGAAUGAAAACAAAGUUGAACAGAAUCAACAUCAGGAUAACAUCGUACAAGGAAAAAGUGCAAAUAAAAAUGAACCAAAAGUGUC